UUUGUGAAACACCUGGUUGAAAUGAAAAACACGAUUCUGUAAAUAUUCUUUUGCACAGGUAACUUGGUGAAAAAAGAUAAUAUUUUUCUUAAAACCAUCAGGAUAUAUUGUGUUUCUUUUGGAUAAAGAUUACGCAUUCUAAAAUGAUUUUAAAAAUUUUAGUUCCUGUGGUGGUAGCUGUUCUGUAUCUUAUCACCUUUGCCUCGAGUGGAAGCAGCAACAGUAAAUCUGAUAAUCGUAAUACAUCUUUUGAGACCAGCUUUGAAGAUGAUAUCAACAGUGUUAGAGACGAUCUCUACAGUCUCGGUAAUGACACCAGCGAUACAGGCAGCGAUUUCCCGAGCCUUGCAAGUGACUUAGAGAGUCUGCAAGAUGAUUUCGGACCUCUAGUACAAUGCCACCAGCUGCACCCGUUCCCAUUUCAAGACUGCUAUAGGGAGAUCUCCGUGAAAACAACCAAAUCUCAAGGUGAUUUCACAAACAAAGAAUUUAAGGAUUACAAAUGCGAGUAAGUAUACAGGUAACUAAUAAU